UCUGCCGGUACUUAAAUAAAUAAGCCUACUUUUAAAAGGCGAGAACGUGAUAAUGGCAGCUGUAGAAAUGCCUGAGGCCUUGAAGCCGAUCAGCUGGCUCGCCGGCCGCUGGAAGACUGAAAGCGGCUCCGGAAAAUACCCGGACAUCCCGGAGUUUCAUUACCACGAAGUCUUGGAGUUCACCUGCAUAGGUCAACCAAUGUUGAACUUCACAUCCACAUCUCGGCACCCAGAGAAGCAGACUCCAAUGCACCAGGAGCGCGGCUUCCUCCGCAUCAAGCCGGGCUCCCACCAGCUUGCCUUCAUGGUCAGCCACAACUUUGGACUAACAUCACUUGAGGAAGGCCAAGUCGAGCCGGAGACCCAACAAGUUAUUUUGACUUCAACUAGUAUCUCACGGAUGUCGUUUGCGAAGCAGCCGUUUGUUAAGAGCUUGAAGCGGGUGUGGAAGCUCCUGGAUGCUGGCACUCUGGAAGUGACCGUUUAUAUGGAGACUGAUGAUACACCACUUACUGAGCAUCUGAAGGCCGUUUAUACCAAAGAAUCUUAAUAGUGUGUGUAGGAGUUCACAAAAGCUGAUGAAUAGCUCUCAAUCUAUUCACAUAAACUUUAGUGAAUUGAGCUAGUGAUACACUAGGUGAUCAAUGUACACGGAACUCAUACGACUUCGCCGAACAUGUCGCCGACACGUGUCGUGGGACAUUUUCCCCCUAGUGUAUCCCUGCCCUCAAAUCUGAUUUUAGAUCUGGGGGCCGAUUUUUGAAUUUCGACCGCUGGAUUUCGUGUAUUUCGUUCAAUAAUAUCUCCACUACUACGUAUGUAAAUUCUACUAAUAGAAUUGAAGUCGAGUGAUCAAUACCACUAGAUUUCAAAUUUCGAUCGCUCGUAUUUCAAAAAUUAGCAUUUCGCCGUUUUCCACCGAUUUUCGAGUGACGAAAUAGCGAUCGGAUUUCAAAAAUCGGCCCCCUGGGGCCCGUUUGUCCAAAGCUUGUAACUUGUAAUACAAGCGGAUGUCACUUUUUGUUAGAAAGAGACUUCCACUUGUAUUACAAGUUACAAGCUUUUGAGAAACGGGUCCCUGGAGAUCAUUUGAUCAAAACAUUGUAAACUGCUUGCAUGCAUUUUGUUACUUUUGUAAUUAUUGAGCCUAGGCGAUCCUCCUAGACUUAGCACUCUCAGUAAUCUGGAAGGACUUGAUCUCUGAAUAAAUGAAAGACGUAUCUGUGUU